UCCGCCUGUCAGUUCCCGUUUUUCUUUCGAGUUCGCGACGCGAGUCAGCCGUCUGCUCCGGCCUCUCUCGCGUCUCCGACCUCUGCUUCUGGUGCUGCCCGAAUCCGAUUGCUCUCAUUGUGCUCUUCUACUGCUUCUCUUUCAUUGCCUCGUCCUCUUCUCCUUGUAUACGUCAUAUUGUGAAGUGCAUCGAGCUCUGGAUAAUAUUUUCUUGCUGGUCCGUUUGAAUUGGUAGAAGGUGAGGCGUUCUUGUGAUGAUGCUUCUGCAUUCUGCAAACCGGAGUCAGAGAUUCAGAGGGUUCAAGGUUAAACAUGUUAUCAGAGCAAUGGCGGUUCUUGCUGUAUGCAUAUGGUUGGUCUACGAGAUUAAGGGUUCAGGAGACAGUCCAAAGCCUGAACCAGAGAUUAGAGUAACUAUGGAGGAUGGGGAGUCGAAGCUUCACUUUGGACCGAAAGAGAUGGUCGACUUAGAUAAUAAUGCUGCGAGGCUGAGCAUGGAAAUAGAAAAACCACAAGCUGGCAGUGAAGCGGACCAAUGGCAGGCGAGUUUACCUGCGAAAAGUGAAAUUGGUGAAGGUGGUGGUGAUGUUGAAAUUGUUCAGGACAGGGAAGAGGCUGGAAAUGGUGAUGCCAAGGAUCUUAAACACAAAGGGGCGAUCAUGGAAAAGCAAUUCUCAGGCAGUGGUGAUCAGGGAAUUGAAGAAGUCCAAUUUGAGCAACAAAGCAAUAUUGAAACACCUGAGGUUACUAGUGAGGAUGCCAAGGAUCUUAAGGAUAAAGAGGAAACAAUAGAGAAUGAGACUGUGGGCCGUGGCGAUCAGGGAACUGAAGAAAUUCUUGGCCAAUUUGAGCAGCAAAGCAAUGUUGAAACGCCUGAGGUCACUCAUGAAGAUGCCAAAGAUCUUAAGGAUAAAGAGGAAGCUAUAGAGAAUGAGACUGUGGGCCAUGGCGAUCAGGGAACUGAAGAAAAUCUUGGCCAAUUUGAGCAGCAAAACAGCACAGUAAUACUGUCAUUGGAAGGAGAGAAUGAGAAGUGGAUGACUGAUGUGAUUGACAUUCCAAACAAGAUGAAUGACAAGGUGGAACAGGAAGAUACAGAGAAUACGAAUGGGGAAGAGGAUGUUGUGAGAGAACUUUUCAGUGAAGAAUUUUCUCAGAAUAGUCAAACAUGGAACCAGAACACAGUGGAACAGGAAGACACAAGCAAGAGGAACGUUGAAGAGGAUGAUGGAAGAGAAAGUGCCAGUGAACAGUUUUCUCAGAACGGUCAAACAGGGAACCAUCACACUUUGGGACAAGAAUAUGCAAGUCAGUUGAACCUUGAAGUGGAUGAUGCAAAUGAAAGUGCCAGUGAAGAAUUUUCUCAGACUAGUCAAACAGAGGACAGUGACAUAUUGGGACAAGAAGACGCAAGCAAGUUUGAAGAGGAUGAUGCCAGUGAAAGUGUCAGUGAAGAACUUUCUCAGAAUAGUCAAGCAGAGAACCAUGACACAAUGGGACAAGGAAAUGUGAACAUUGUGAAUAGUGAAGAGAAUGAUGUUAUAGAAAGCAUGCGUGAACGAAUUUCUGAUCAGAGUAACCAGAAACAGGACAUAGCACUUGAGCUGAGUGAUUCAGAUGGUGAAACUCGCACUUUCUAUGAUGAGGAUGGUCCCAGAGAUUCUGACAGUUUUUCGCUUCCAUUGAACAAAACAAGAAGCAAUGGGGCUACAGAUAUCUUGCAACAUGAUUCUCCUGUAACUGCAGAUUCAGAGGUCCAAACGAAAGUGGACAGCACCACUAGCACUAUUGAGGUUUCUGAAAUAGAUCAAAUCCCACAAACUGAUGAUGCAAAUGCGAGUGAUGGAAGACUCUCCCUGCAAAAUUCAAUUUAAAGAUAUCAGAGAAAGAAAUUGUCCUCUUCCUACCAAUCAAGACGGGAGGGCCUCUGGUUGAAAUUUAUCUCUACCAUUUUUGUACCAAUUCAGGAAUGCUGUUGCACUUACCUCCUGUCACAUGUUUUGCGUUCAAAGUCUGUUUGGUUCUCUUCGAGUCAUCAAAAUCACAGGGACUUCGCGGUUACUGUACAUAAUUUGCUGUAGGUUUUUUUCUACAGCCAUUGGCCGAUUCCCUGGUUCCCUUUCAAAACAAAUUAAGAGAAGGUAGUGCUUGAUUGUUCUCUUCUUUUCUGUUUGCAAUAUUUACCAAAUCAGAAUCAUUGUCUGAUUCUGUUGUUCAUCAAGAGUAACCCAGAAUUUUCUCUUC